AUGUACGAAAUCUUUUUUUAUCUUCAUCCUCUCUCUCUCAUAUGUUUAUCUAUCUAUCCCUUUUACAAUACCAAUCACUCAGAAUCACGAACUGAUUUAAUUGAUCUUCGAGGAGAAAUUACAUUUUCAUUCUUUGAUACUCCCAUUUCUUAUUUCUUUUCUGAAUAUUAUCUGUCUAUCUAUCUGUCUGUGUAUCUGUCUAUCUAUCUAUCUGUCUAUCUAUCUAUCUGUCUGUCUAUCUAUCUAUCUAUCUAUCUAUCUGUCUGUGUAUCUAUCUGUCUGUGUAUCUAUCUGUCUGUGUAUCUAUCUAUCUAUCUAUCUAAUAAAAAUACAGUUUUGAUAUCAAGUGAUUUGAUUUUUUAUCUUUUAUAUUUUUCUUUGUUCUCUCUCUCGUCCCCUCUCUCUUUCUCGCACUCUCUCUCGUCCCCCUCUCUCUCGUUCUUUUUUUCUUUCUCUCUGUCUCCUUACUCCUUGUUCUUUCUCUGUCUCCUUACUCCUUGUUCUUUCUCUGUCUCCUUAUUCCUUGUUCUUUCUCUGUCUCCUUAUUCCUUGUUCUUUUUCUGUCUCCUUAUUCCUUGUUCUUUUUCUGUCUCCUUACUCUUUUUCUGUCUCCUUAUUCCUUGUUCUUUUUCUGUCUCCUUAUUCCUUGUUCUUUCUCUCGUUUGUUCUCUUUCUUUCUUUUUUCCUCUUUCUCUCCAUCUCUUUUUCAGCCACAGCAGCCAUCAUGACGUCAAAUAUUUUCUUUCCUUUAACUUUACUCUCGCCCCGUCUUCAUUUUUUUUUAAGUCAUUUUUUCCUGCUCUUGUCUACUUUCUCUUUCAUUUUAUUUUCUCUGUUUUUUAUCCUCCUCGUUCUUCACUCAUUUUCUUUUCUUCUAUAAUCCGCUGA